AUGAUCUCCGUGGCCUUUUCCAACCGUAACAGCUGUACGAUGUACACAUACAAAGCGGCGGCUCCUCCCGGCCCGGCUGCAGCACAGACACCAACGGCAGGAGCCGUGCGGGGCACGUCAGGUUCCUCCCAUAAAUUAGCGGCUCCCGCACCGCACCCCGCACCCCGCACCCCCGGCAGCCGCUCCCGACCCGCCCGCACCGGGGAACGCGCGUCUGUCCGAGGCGUUGCCCGCCGGCCCCUUCCGCCCGCAGCGGCUCCCGACCCUUGUUCCGUGCCCGCCGCAUCCCCGGCAGCGGGCGGCGCCGAGCCCGCCCCCCCCCCCCGCCCGCGGAUCCAGGCGGCGCCGCCAUCCCGCCCGGCCCCUCCGCCGCUCGCCGCCUUCCGCUCCGCAGCCCGCGGGCGCGCCCAGGAGGCGGCGGCGGGGCCGCGGCUGCCGCCCGCCCGCCAGGCUCGGCCCCGGAGCCCGGUAGCCUCCGGCCGUCAGCGGCGCGAUGUUAUGGCCGAGCCGGCGCACAAGGGCGGCGGAGGGCGCGGCGGGCGGCAGGAGGACGGGGCGGCGGCCGCCCCGAGCUACGAAGAUUACGAGUGCAAGAUCUGCUACAACUACUUCGACCUGGAGCGGCGGGCGCCCAAGCUGCUGGAGUGUCUGCACACCUUCUGCCAGGAGUGCCUGAACCAGCUGCACCUGCGCGCCGCGCAGCAGCCGCCCGCCGCCUCCGAGCCGGGCGCGGGGCCGGGCCGUGCUGCCGUGGGCUCCCUGGCCUGCCCGCUGUGCCGCCACCGCACGGCGCUGCCCGACCACCGCGUCCACGGGCUGCCCGUCAAUACCAAGCUGGCCGCCGCCUGCCCGCCGCAGCUGCGCGCCCGCGACCCGCUGCCCCAGGACCGCCUCCCGCCGCUGCCGCCGCGCCGCCCGCCCCGAGCCCGGGAUGCGGCGGCCGCCCUCGGUCCGACCCCCGCUCCGACCCCCGGCCGCGCCGGGCCGCGCUCGUCGGGCGGCGGCUACGAGAGCUGCCAGAGCUGCAAGCGGGCGGCGCUGAGCGCGGGCUGCGUGUGCGUCGUGGUGUCGUUCCUCUCCAUGGUGGUGCUGCUCUUCACCGGCCUCAUCUUCGUCAAUCAAUACGGCGGGGACGCGGGGCCCGGCGCGUCGCCGUCUCCCGUGGGUCCCAUCUGCCUGUCGGUGGCCAGCGUGCUCGCCCUGUUCUCCGUCGUCGUUACGUGGCUCAUCUGCUGGCUCAAGUACCGGCCCGAGGCCGCCGGGGCCAACGCCAACGCCCCCGCCAGGGGCCGAGCCGCGACCCGCAGGACCGACACGUAGCGCCGGGUGGGUGGGGGCGGCCGCCGGUACCGCCGGUAACGCCGUGCUGGAGCCGCCCGCCCCGUGGGAGGGAUGCGGGGGAGGCCGUGCAGAAUCUUGUGCCCCCCCCGCUGCCGUCAUGGCUCCGCAGCGCUUUGUAGCUCGCCGGGGAGGGGGUCGCGCACUGCGGGGUCGGGCUGUGCGUCCGGCUGCCCCGGGGACAGGAGGCGGGUGGGAGCGGCGAUGCCCGGCACGCAGCACUGCGGUGUAACGCCGUGAUCCCAACGCCACGGUGACCGCUCGGUAAGGCGGGACGGAAUAUGUAUGAAAGAAAAGUGGCUUACUGUUGCCCCCACCUGGAAGAUAAUCGGAGAUCUGCGCUGCUGUUAGGAGCGGAGCUAAAUGCGUUUUCUAUUCUUCUUGUUAUGAAGUUGACAAGUGCACAUAGAAGCCGUAACAGAAGCGUAUUAUCUUAAAAGAGACUGAGCCAAGUAUCCCUCCUUGUUCCGAGUACGGCUUUGUUACAGUUCUAUUAGAAGGCCGUCGAGUCCUCCAUUGGUUGCUUAAAAUAAGCUUUAUUAUUUAAUUCCUUUAAAUUCUCAUUUAAUGUGGGAGACUGAACCGCUGCAUUGCACUCUUAAUUUAUGGAUGACGAUUUAAUGAAUGGAGCUCUGAAACAGAGCUAAAAGACUCCUAUGAUAGAGAACAGUGUUCUGCUGGCCAUUGGUCUCAGUUCUUAUACAGCGAGAGAAACCCACGUUAAGAUACAGCCUUUCAGCAUCACUGUAGAGGUGGAAUACAGCAGCACGCUGUGUGAUCUGGUCUCUUAGCUGUGGUCCAUGGCUUUGCCCUCGUGGUGAGUUUCUCUUCUGCCUUAGAGGUUCCCAUAGAGGCCAGGAGGAAACAUUCAGAGAUGUGUUAGAGAUGUGAUGAGAUGCUCGUAAGAUGGUGUGAAACAUAGUGCUGCGUGGCUGCUCUUGUAGUAUAGCGAGGAGAACACUCUGUAUAGAUACUAUUCUAUGUUGCGGGAUAAUUCAUUUGGUGCCUGAAUUUUUUUAACUCAAUUAGUUGUUAUAACCUACGGCAUCGGGAAUAAGAUGGUGCUUCUUAUUCCCUGUUUCUACACAGGACUGUAUUGGAAUGAGGUAGUUAUUUUCGUGCUUAAACUCAAGAGUUUUAACAGUGAUCUUUUAAUAUGUGUGUUGCAAGCCGUGUGCAUGACUUCUGACACGUAUCCUCAUAGACCUUUAUCAGCCACUUCUAUUUAUCGCAAGCGCAAAGGAAUUUAAUCUGUAGAAAUGUAAAGGCAGCAAGUGGAGAUGUGCGCUGUGUUUUAUGACUGCACAAGUGAUGUGUGCUGUGCGUUGUCUUCGUUAUCACAGAGCUGUGAAAAACACCCCCUCAACAAGAAAAAGAAAGGAAAACAAAAACGGUAUUUAUACGACAGACGUAGUUUGUGGGAAUAGCCGAUGGCUUUUGUGUCGCUUAAGUUGAUUUACCAGAUCCACACCAGCCUUCUAAAGUCGUAUUUAAGAAUAGAGAGGCCCUGAGGAGGUAAAUCCCUGCUCUGAGUUGUGGCUCUGCUGUGGGCUGUGUGUUUAGAGCGGUGUCCAGACGUGGAGCUGUUUGUUGGCCGUGCAGAGCUGAGCCUCCAGCAGCAGGCCUGACUCCAGCCCCUGACUGCAGCAGUAGUUGUGGAUGUUCUGCAACCAAAGAAAACCACGAGACUUUUAUUUCAGCAUCUAAAUGACUAUUUAGAUGGUCGACUUCAGGUACAAAUGUUCGAAAAUGUUGGCCUUAACCUCUCUGUUUUCAGUUACCGCAUCUGUAAAGUUUGAUAACAGUGUGACCUACCUCACAGGCAAGAUGUGAGGCUUUAUUUAUUGACGUUUUUAAGCAAUUGGAGAUCCUUGAAGAGGAGGUGCUAUAGAGGUGAAAGUAUUAUUAUAAAUGAUACUGUAGUAAGAAUAAGUAUGUGUAAAUUAAUGGACAUAAACAGCCGCAAUGUUUUCUAAGAAUAAACAUAUAAAAUAUGUACGUGUGUGCAUCAUAUGCACCAA